CCUGACCAGACUCAUGUGCCGGAUGAAGCAUGAAGCGACUCAUGUGUGGCAACCACUUGAGCCAUGCUAUGGCAGGUGGUUGGAGGCGCGGCCACCGGCGGCCUACGCGUGCGCCAGGGCGCACCACUGUGCGCCCCGGAGGCGGCCGAGCGUUUACCCACGGGGACGCUGGUGAGAGAGCUGCAGCGCGAAGGCCAACGUUUGCACUUCGCGUGCCUCGGUGAUGGCGUGCCCGGGCCAGCCGAGGGCUGGGUGAGUCUCUCCUUGAGGGGCCGCCCCUUGCUGCAGCCCGUGGCCUUGCCCUCCAGGGCGACCCUCCAAGCAGCCUGCGAGGACAAUGGCAUUCAAGCAUUGGCACGGGCGACUGACAUCGAGCUGUUUGUCCUGCUGCGAGAGAUGGGGGUCGAAGUGUCCUGCCUUCCGCUGGAAGAUGCCUUGGACUCGACUCGAACAGACUCGGCACCCCAAGAGACGGAGGAACGUGGAGCCUGGCUUGCAGAGGUCCAAGAGUUCGAUGCCUACGUGACCGACCCGUAUCGGCUCUUUGGAAUCCCCUAUGAUGCCACGGACAAAACCAUCAAGUCCACUUAUCGGAAGCUCUCCUUGAAGCUUCAUCCUGAUCGUUGCCCAGGCGACGCAGCGGCCGCGGCCAAGUUUCGGCAGCUGACGGCAGCCAAGGACUUCUUGCUGGAUCCAUAUCAACGUCGAGCCUUCAAUGAGGUUCAUGGCUUCUUGACCCCGACCGUGAACGUGGCCUGGUGGUCUGACUGGGACGAGGUCUUCGCCGAGCUCGAGGCCGAGAUCGGGACGAGACCUCCACGCGCCCUCCACGCGGAGAAGGCGGAUGUGCUGCUGCUGGGCGCGACAGGACUCACCGGCACAUUGGCGUGCAUGGUCAUGUCCCGCCAAGCCGCCGUGGGCCGCCGGAGCUGGGCCAUUGCGGGCCGUGACGGACGCAAGCUGCUGCUCCUGCAGCAGAAGUUCGCCAACGAAGCCUUCCGCGGCGCCUACCGGGUGGAGACCACAGAGGAGCUGGAAGAAGCCAUCGCGUCCGCACGCGUGGUCUUGGAUUUCACCGGCCCGUCGCACGACUUGGGCUCCAAAGUGGCCCAGGCGUGUGUUGCAGCCAAGACGCAUUUGAUCGACAACACGGGGGAUAUCAUGUUCUCAAAGCUUGUGAAGGAGACGCUGGACCAGGAAGCCAAGGCGGCCGGGGUGGCGUUGUUGCUGCACGCGGGGUAUGUCUCGAUGCCAACGGACUUCGGCGCUGCUUGGGCUAAGGUUUGGCGCUUGGUGCAGGAGUUCCGGGGCAAAGGCAUGGCGACACGAAAGGUGGACGUCUACACCUACACACAAGGCUUCGUGAUGAGCGGUACCAGCUUGCUGACGGGCACCAAGACCACGAUCAAGGAGCUCAAUGCCAACGGCGCACCCUUCGUGCUGGGUGGUGUGCGACCGGAAGGCGUACGCACUGAGGACCGUACGGAUGUGCCACACAAGGAUGAGAAUUCCACGAUGAUCGCCUACCCUGGCCUGAACGUCGAACGGCAAGUGGUGCGCGGCACCUGCGGCCUUAUGGAUGAGAUUGAGCCCUAUGGCCCCAACUUCCUCUUCAAGGAUUGGUUCUUGGUCGUGGAUAAGCGGCCCGAAGAGAUGACGAAGCAGGAAAGUGCCCAGGCCUCGCGGCUUUCUGGGAUUGGCAUGAGCCUGGCGGGGGGCGGUGUGCACAGCAUGAUGGUGGAGCAGAAGAAGAUCCCCCCACCUGGCUGGGGACCCAAGGAACGCAUCCGGCAAGAGACCUUUGUGACCAAGGUCUUCGUUGGCACUGCAGACACUGACGAGCAGGAGAAACUCCACCUGGUGAUGAACGCUGGCCCCGGCAAUGUGGGUGACCGGUACGAGGGGACCGCGACCAUGAUGAUCGAAGCGGCCUUUUGCUGGCUGGAUCAACUGGACUCAGGAGGUGACUUGCGGGGCGGCUGGGGCACUCCAGUCUACCACCUUUCACACCUGGACUUUUGGAAGCGUUUGGAGCAUCUGGGCUUCGCCUAUCGGCUCUUUCCCGGCGCACCUUCCAGCGACUUCAUGCAUCGCGUCUUCUCAGCGACCCUACCUUUGGCCGACGAAAGCUGAACCCACCCCGAUCGCGGCAUCACAAGACGAGCCGGGACGGUGAUGGACCAGGUGGCGGAUGUGGAGGAAGGAGGACUGCUCAAAACCACCGAGAACAUGGGAGCGCUGCUCCAUUGUGCGGGCGGAGAAACGUGCGUCUGGCUGCGGAGGG